CUAUUUUCAUGGCAUAAGAGAGAGAGAAAGAUGGAGAGAGACGUUUGAGAUUGAUGAACAGAAGAGAAUUCGAAACAAAUCACAUGGAAGAAGACCUCACUGCUACCGUUACCUUCUCCACUUUUCACUUUCAUUAGGGUUUUCUCUUCUUCUUCCCUCUUUUCCUCUAUUUAGCUGCGCAGCUUUCGCUCUCUCGGUCUCUCUCUUUCUCACGGAUUCACUUCUAAAAACUCGUUAACUUUUGUGGGUUUUUGUCAUUUUGCGAUCUGAUUCCGAAAUUCGUUGAAUUUCCGGGGGAGAGAUAAGAUUGAGAGAGAUGGAAGAGGGAAGUGUGUUCAGAUCUCUACUAGCGAUUCUUCAGUGGUGGGGUUUCAACGUUACCGUCAUCAUCAUGAACAAAUGGAUCUUCCAGAAACUGGAUUUCAAGUUUCCACUAUCGGUUUCAUGUGUUCACUUCAUAUGUUCGUCGAUUGGAGCAUACAUUGUGAUCAAAGUUCUCAAGCUUAAACCAUUGAUUGUGGUCGAUCCAGAAGAUCGGUGGAGGAGGAUUUUCCCAAUGUCUUUCGUGUUCUGUAUCAACAUAGUGUUGGGAAAUGUCAGCCUUCGGUACAUCCCGGUUUCUUUUAUGCAGACGAUUAAAUCAUUCACUCCAGCAACUACAGUUGUGUUACAGUGGCUGGUAUGGAGGAAAUACUUCGAUUGGCGUAUUUGGGCGUCUCUUGUGCCCAUUGUUGGAGGAAUUCUUCUGACAUCUAUCACAGAACUUAGUUUUAACAUGUUUGGAUUCUGUGCUGCCCUGUUUGGAUGUUUAGCUACCUCCACAAAGACCAUUCUAGCCGAAUCUCUUCUUCAUGGUUACAAAUUUGACAGCAUAAACACAGUAUACUACAUGGCGCCUUUCGCCACCAUGAUUCUGGGGAUACCGGCAUUAUUACUGGAAGGCAACGGAAUUCUGAGCUGGUUUGAAGCACACCCGUCUCCAUGGUCAGCUCUCAUCAUAAUAUUCAGUUCUGGUGUGUUAGCCUUCUGUCUCAACUUCUCCAUCUUCUAUGUCAUUCACUCCACAACCGCAGUCACAUUCAACGUAGCUGGAAACCUUAAGGUUGCGGUGGCUGUAUUGGUGUCAUGGUUGAUAUUCCGUAACCCAAUAUCGUAUAUGAAUGCUGUUGGAUGCGGAAUUACGCUUUUGGGCUGCACGUUUUAUGGAUACGUGAGGCAUAUGCUUUCGCAGCAAACGCCUGGAACUCCUAGGACUCCUCGUACCCCAAGAAACAAGAUGGAACUACUCCCUCUCGUUAAUAACGAUAAACUCGAAGGCAAAGUCUGAACUUAAUUCAGUAUUCACUGGUGCAAGCUGCUGCUGCAGAAGAGAAGCAUUCACACAAGAGGCGUUGAAUUUUUACUAAAUAUGCAGUUUACUCGAAAACCUUAAUAGAGAAAAAGUAACAUUUUGUUUUUUUUUCGUCUUGUUUUUGGGUCUCAUAGAAGAGAUAAUGGUUCCUACUAUUUAUAUCUCUGUGAUAUGUAGAAUCUUUAAUUUAUCGAAUACAUUUUCAAAACCGGAAGGAGAGAACUACAACAACUGCUGCUUUCUGAA